AUGUCAGCUCAAGAUUACUACAGUGGUGGUGGAGGUGGCUACGGCCAGCAGCAACAGCAAGGUGGUGGUUACGGACAACAACAAGGUUAUGGCCAACAACAACAGGGCUAUCCUCAGCAGCAACAAUACUCUCAAGGAUCCAACUACGGCUCCAACCAGCCCAGCUACGACAACCGCGAUCAAUCGUACGGCCAACACCAGGGUGGACAAUAUGGCAGCGGGCCUGGUCAAUACCCCGACGGUGCAGGUGGUCCCGGCGGUCCGGGUGGCCCGGGAGGUCCGGACGGGGAGCGUGGACUGGGUGCUACACUUGCAGGAGGCGGUGCAGCCGGCUGGGCCGCGCACACAGCUGGUAGCGGUCUUCUCGGCAGUCUAGCCAGUGCCGCUGCUGGUGCCAUUGGCGCAAACUUCCUCGAGCACAAGUUCAAGAAGCACAAGAAGGAGAAGAACAGGAAACAUCACCGCGACGGACGCCCUCGAGCAUUCACCGGCGACUCGACUAGCAGCAGUGACUCCGACUCUGGUGAUGAGCGACGUCGACGAAAGGACGAUGACUUGGCCUACGGAAAGUCUCAGUAUGACAACUCCUCCCGACACGGACAUGGAGGCGGUUCUCAUGGAGGCUCUAGCUCAUACGGUGGAGGCGGAUAUGGUGGCCGAGAUCAGGGCUAUGGCGGUGGCCAGAGCUACGGAGGCCAGGGCGGAUACGGAGGUCAAGGCGGAUAUGGUCAGCAGGGCUACGGUGGUACCCGAUACUAA